AUGGAAAACAGAGCUCGAGGCAGAAGUAGGCAUUGUCCACAACGACCAAUGCCACCACAACCUCAAUUUCAAGCAUGUACAUCGCAGCUAAGACCCCCAAGACCGCCAAUACGUGGAAAUUCAAGUCUUGAUACAAGUCUUACUCAUAAUCAAAAGACAAAAGUGCAACAAGUUACAGAUGAACUUAAAAAAAUGUAUACAGAUGAACUAGAACUGGUAAAAAAUGAAGACAACCAAAGCCAAUUAAACAAAACUGAACACAAAAAUAAACCAAGAAUGCAAUUUGAUACCAUAAAACAAGGAACUUCUGGACAACCGGUAAAACUGUUAGCAAAUUAUUUUCCAAUCAUAACAUACACAAAUUGGUGCUUGUACCAAUAUCGAGUUGACUACAAUCCCGAAGAAGAUAGAAUUAGUACCAAAAGAGGGUUGUUAGCACAACAUAGAGAACGUUUAGGCGGAUAUCUAUUUGAUGGAACAAUGUUAUUUUCUGGAACGCGAUUUGAUCCACCAACUUUCGAACUUGCAUCUACUUGUCGCUUGGAUAAUAAAAUUGUAAUAAUUACAAUAAAAUUCACAAAUGUAAUAGAAACUGGAGAUUAUGCUAAUAUUCAAGUUUUCAACUUGCUCUUGCGUAAUUGUUUGAGGCAUCUUAAACUAACAAUGAUUGGAAGGAACUUUUAUGAUCCAGACGCCAAAAUUGAUAUGGCUCAGCACAAACUCCAACUUUGGCCGGGCUAUGAAACAACCAUUGGCAGGUAUGAAGAUAACAUUUUAUUAUGUGCUGAAAUAUCUACUAAAGUCAUGCGUCAAGAGACAGUAUUAGAUUUUUUUAAACAAUGUGCUGCUGAUAGAAACCGAAAUAAGGAUUGGAUGAUAAACUUUAAAAGUGGUGUUAUUGGUACUACAGUAAUGACUAAAUACAACAACAAAACAUACAAAAUUGAUGAUAUAGAUGAAAAUUCUGAUCCUAAUUCUGAAUUUAAAAAAAAAGAUGAAUCUAAAAUGACUUACAUACAAUAUUACAAAGAAAAAUGGAACAUGAAAAUUUGUGGUGGCAAGCAGCCAAUGUUGAUUUCCAAAAAUAAGAGAUCGAUACGCAGGUUUGGAGUUGAAGAUACACUGGUUUAUCUAGUUCCAGAAUUAUGCAUUAUGACUGGUAUAACAGAUGCGAUGAGAAACAAUUUCACGCUUAUGAAAGAUAUGUCCAUACAUACUCGUGUGAAUCCCAAAGAACGCAUAGACAGAUUGACAAAUUUUGCUAAUCGUCUUCUUUCUACACCUGACUCUGUUAACGAAUUAAAAAGAUGGAAUCUUACAUUAAGUAACAAGUUAGUUGAACUUACUGGUCGUACAUUACAACCAGAAGCAAUUCAGAGUCGAACUGUAGGAUAUAACGGUGGUAUAGAAGCUGAUUGGACAAGACACUUACGCUCAUUACCUAUGUUCAUUUCUGCUACUGUAAAAAAAUGGGUUAUUUUAACUCCUAAGGACUGCUGUACUGAAGUUUAUACUUUUGCUAGAAAUCUUGCAAAGGCAGGACAAGGGAUGUCAUUUAUAUUACCUAAGCCUGAUAUAUGUCCUAUGGCUGAUGGAAAAUCAAGUACAUUUUUGAGCGAACUAGAAAGAGUAAUUAAUGAAUUGAAUCCAUCAUUGAUUUUAUGUGUUAUUCCAUCGGCACGUGGUGAUAUUUAUAGUAUGAUUAAACGAAAAUUAUGUAUAGAUAGAGCAGUACCCUCACAAGUAGUACUAUUGAAAAAUGUGCAAAAAAACAAUUUGUCAGUUUGCACAAAAAUUGCCAUUCAAAUAAAUUGUAAGCUUGGUGGUGCUCCUUGGCUAGUUACCAUUCCCAAAAAAGGUAUGAUGAUUAUUGGUUUUGAUGUGUGUCAUGACAGUCAACGGAAAAAUAUAUCAUUUGGAGCCUUAGUAUGUACAAUGAAUGAUGCUCACACAAGUUAUUUCAGUUGUGUGGAGCCUCAUGAAAGUGGAGAAGAACUAUCUGUUCAUUUUGCUACUGGCAUAAGUAAAGCAUUGUCCAAAUACCGAAAUAAAAAUGGCACAUUACCUACCUCUAUUGUUGUAUAUAGAGAUGGUGUUGGAGAAGGUCAAAUAUCUCAUGUCUAUAAAACUGAAGUUAGGCUUUUGCAAACUGCUUGUAUACAAUUUUAUGGUGCAAGUUCUGUCCCCUUUGCUUUUGUUAUAGUAACAAAACGCAUAAGUUCAAGGUUUUUUGCCCCUACUAUAAGAGGGCCUGAAAAUCCUCGACCUGGUACAGUUAUUGAUAGUGUUGUAACAGACCCUACCAAGUAUGAUUUUUUCUUAGUUUCUCAACACGUAAGACAGGGUACUGUAACUCCUACACAUUAUCAAGUGAUUGAAGAUACGCUUAAACUUCCUCCCGAUAUAAUGCAAAGACUUACAUUCAAGUUGACCCAUAUGUACUACAAUUGGUCGGGUACUGUACGAGUUCCUGCUCCAUGUCAGCUGGCUCACAAGUUGGCUUUCCUCACUGGUCAAAGUCUCAGACGUUCUCCCAACAUUGAAUUGGACGAAUUAUUAUACUUCUUAUAG